CAUGUGCGUCGUUGGCGCAGACUCAUGAUGCUGGUUAUCGGCACAGCUUCAUCUGUUUGUAAAAAUCUAAUUUUUCAUUGUAAAGGCAAGCAUUUCCAGUCGCUUUCACGGAAGGGGGGCUCCACUUAAACCUAACAAUGUGAAGCCAUCCUCCAUCACCUAAGCACCCCUGCAGUGAUGCCUCCAGCCAUGUCUCAAAUAAGCGAUCCAAAGAUUGCUUUUGCCUACUUGCGCCCAGCCUGUGUCCUGCUCACCCGAGAGCCCACAGUGGUUAAUGUGGAGACACUCAAAGGCCAGUUAAAAGAAGUCAACGAUGCCACGUUGCAGCAGCUUCAGGAGUACGUCCUCUUCCCUCUUCGAUUUGUCCUUAAAGUCCCCGGGGCUAAGAAGGAGCAGCUGGUGCAGUCUGUGACCGAGGCAGUAAGCUAUGUUUUGGAGAACACUUGCAUCCACAGCUGGGAAACCCUCCACGACCUCUUUUCCGAGCUUUGCCUGUGCCUGUCCUCUUCAGCUGAUCCCGGGAAGCCUGCAGAUACGUCAGAGGAGCUAAAAUCAGCUGUUCUGAGGUGCCUGGAUGCCCUGCUUCAUGCUGCUUAUGGUGAUAUAGUGUUCAAACUCUUUGAACCGAUUAUGCUGCCUGGGCUGGGUGCUGCCGUUUCACUGCUGCUGGCUUUGGGAGAGAAGGAGAAAUCUCGAGAUAUACAGACAGCAGCCUUGAAGUGCCUCCAGGCUUUGACUCUGCAGUGUGACUGCACCCAGGAACACGUAGUCCCAUCAUCAGAGGAGCGAUGCUCUGUAGGCAGCGCCAUGGCAUCAUUUUUACCUGGAAUCACCAUGGCUACGGCCAGGAUCAUUACAGGAGAUUUGAGGCAAGGCCAUGCAGUCACAGUCCGGGCCAUCAAGGUUUGGUCCAGGACUGUGGAGCUUGUCAUGGAGGAUGUCCAGCUCCAGUCCACUGAGUCCUAUAAGACUCCCUCUGCAGACCUGGGGAGGAUCGGACAGCUCAUAGUCCUUCGGACACCGGAGUGGGUGAAGAACACGGCAGGGAAGCUGUCUGUCCUGCUCAAGAAGAUAAUCUCAUGCACUUCAGCGCACCAGCACUGGAGGGUUAGAGUGGCAAUGGUGGAGUUGGCCGAUCACCUGCUGGCCAAAUGCAGUCACUCACUGACUGAUUGUGUAGGAUCACUACUAGAAGCACUGGUGGGGGCAAUCAAUGAUGUGGAACCUAGAGUCAGAGAGAGGUGUGAAGUUGCUCUCAGAGAGGUAUCCCAGAGAAAUCAGAGGUGCAGCGGCAGCAGUGGCACUCAGACCUUCACUGACAUCUUAUCUGAGAAUCUCCAUUCUUUGGCCACCUCCCUACCCAGACUGAUGAGGACCUCUGAUGACCAGAAGAAGCUCUUUGUUCUCAACGUGUUUUUGGGCUACUUAAAAAUCUUAGGACCGCUUGUCUCUGUGGUGCUGAACUCGGCUGCACAUCUGGAGAGGAUUUCCAAAGCCUUAAUGCAGGUGCUGGAACUCGAUGUGAUGGAUGUUCGCAUUGUGGAGGAGAGGAGUUACGCUGCCGUGGAGAUGAGCACCGGCUCCCAUGAUUCCUACACCACUCACACACAGAGGAAGCAUUUUCUCUACUUCACAGAUGAGAAAAUCUUCUCUGUGCUCAUGGAGAUCUGUCGCACUUUAGGUUAUUAUGGCAACAUCUACCUGCUGACCGAUCAUCUGCUGGACUUGUACUGCCAGUCUUCAGUGUACAGAAAGCAGGCUGCCAUGGUGUUAAAUGAGACAGUUAGAGGUGCAGCAGGUAUCGCUGUGGCAGACCAGAGUCAGGGUUUGGAGACCAAAGUUCGUGAAAGCCCUGCCACCCAGGAAGAUAUUAAAGCAGCAGCUGUUUCUAUCAUUGAGGAAUACACCAGCCUGAACAACUGGCAUUUGAUUACAGUCAGCGAGGAGACGGAUAGAGACCGACAGGAUCAGCAGCUGCUCAGUCCAUCCAGACUCCUCUCCAUAUCCAACAGUGAUGUCGGCAACUCAAAUACAAGCUCUCUCAAAGUGAUUCCUUCAUCAUCAACAUCUGCAUCCACAAUCCACCAGCUCAACAGCAACAUCUGGCAGCUGUGCAUCCAACUUGAGGGCAUCGCCUGCUGUGCUCAGGCGCUGGGCCGCGAUUUCCGUCCCUUGUUGAUGACCUCGCUGUAUCCUGUGCUGGAGAAAGCUGGUGAGGAGACACUGCUGGUCAGCCAGGCGGGACUGAGCUCCAUGUGGGACAUCAGUAAGGCCUGUGGAUACGCUUCCCUCAAGGAACUGAUCAAUGAGAACUCUGACUACCUGCUUAAUGACAUUUCACUCAACCUUCAGAGGCUCAGCCAGCAUCCACAGGCUCCACGGGUGUUGACAGUUAUGUUGACUCACUCUGACUGCAGCCUGCUGCCGCUGGUCGGGGACAUCGUUCAGGAUGUGCUGACGGCUCUGGAUCUCAGCUACGAGCGCACAGCUGCUCUUUUCUGCUCUGUGCUGCACGCGCUCAUGAAGGCACUGGCGAGGUUGUUUCCUUCCACUUGUAGCAGGACCAGUAAGUCUACCAGCUACAGGCAACGCUCCAGUGACCAGGAAGACCUCAGCAUUCGCCAAUUCCUGCUGAAUUACUGCAAACAGAAAGAACUGGCAGAGGGCAUUGGAAUAGAGGAUGAUUAUAACACUGAAGACCAAGAAGUCCCUCCCACUGAGUGUGAGGAUGUUGAAGAUACUGGUAGUCCUGAUGUGAAAGCAGAGCUUCCCUCCCACCUCAGCAUCACUAAGGAUGUUAUGGAGCGCUGCAUUCAUCUGCUGUCUGAUCCCAGCCUCAGGCUCCGACUCAAGGUACUGGACGUGCUGGAGUUGUGCGUUCAGGUGCUGAGUGAGAGGGAAAAUGAAGUGCUGCCUAUGGCUCAUCGCUGCUGGCCAGCACUCCUGCAGAGACUCACAACUGAUGACCCAUUAGCAGUCCUCAGAGCCUUCAGGGUGCUGUGCGUGCUGGGUGAAACAUGUGGGGACUUUGUGAGGAGGAGGGUCUCUAAAGAGGUUCUGCCCAAGCUGAGCGCCUCUCUGGCACGGCAGGCUCCGAUCAGCGCCAAGGCUGGGCCUGUCUACACACACACCCUGGCCUACAAACUGCAGCUGGCUGUAUUGCAGGGGCUGGGCUCACUGUGCCAGAGACUGGAUCUGGCUGAAGCAGACCUAGAUGUGGUUUGUGAAGCCUGUCUACCCUACCUGAGCUCCAGACAACCCAUCAGACUGCAAGAAGCCUGUUUAAAUGUGUUCCGACACUUAAUCCAGGUGGAUCCGGACACCUUCUGGUUUACUCUAAAUGAGCUGCACUGCCCGUCCUCUUACAUCCCACACCACCCCGACCUCCUGCCGGUGCAGCUGAACGGCACGGGCAGGCCGAGAGACGAGUUCUCGGACAACGUGUUCAAACUGCUCAAGGAGGAGUUUGGCUCCGUUACUGAGACAGUUAACUAGCCAGUCAGCUAAUGAGCUGCUGCUUGAUGAAAUUGACUCAUCUCACAAAUGGACAACUUAUUGAACCGCGACUCCAACAGGUCAAUUAACUGAAAGAAAUCUGUCAGCUGUGCCAAAUAGUUGAUCAUCUAGCUCUGUGGAAUUAAGAGCUACUCUGUAAUUUACAAAAUGUUACUUAGUCAUCACCUUCAUUAUCUAACCUCCUGGCUUCUGCUAGCCCACAAUUAGUACUUACUGUACAUUAACAUUAGAUGAAAAUGGAGCUCUACUGAGCUAUGUUUGAUUAAAAAGAGAAAAAAACUAAA